CCCAACCGAGCGGAAUGUGGUCUUAUCGUAGGCAUCCCCACCUCCCCCAAAACGGUGAAACAACUGUGCUUGAACUUGGUUUCUCUCCGCAAAGCUUAUCGCCCCAGUACCUGAACGACCCGGCUUGUCCUCCCUAUUUCGUCAGUGGUCGCGUGGACUUCCCUCGAGUGCGUUAGUUGCACGGCAAGCUAUCCCAGGCUAUCCCUAACACGCUCUUCGUUGCGUCGCGACAAUGUCCUGAAGAUGCUAUGGAUGUUGAUCUCCACCGCGUGCCCGGGCGGAGGUGGACCUGCUGAUAGUCUGGUAAUCUUCGGCGAAUCCCCUUCUAAGAAACCGAUCUCCGUCUUGUCAUCGCUUCCUUCAUCUCAUACUCGUUUGCCAUCUUCGUAGUCAUGUUCUCGAAGAAGGGGCUGGGUUUGUUGACAGCUGCACUUGCCGCACAAACAUGUGCCGCGUCGGCCAACAAGAUCCGCGAUGAGCACGCCACUUGCAAGAAGACUACGGUCGCUAUCCUGGGAGGUGGAAUGGCUGGUGUUGCUGCGGCACAAGCUUUGUCCAAUUCUUCGAUUCACGACUUUGUGAUUAUCGAGUACCGGGAUACCCUCGGUGGUCGCGUGGCCCACACCGACUUUGGCAAGGGGCCUAAUGGCAAGCCGUAUACCGUCGAAUUGGGAGCCAAUUGGGUGCAAGGACUUGGAUCUCCCGGUGGCCCAGAGAAUCCCAUCUGGACCUUCGCGAAGAAGUGGGGUCUGAACAACACCUAUUCCAACUAUAGCUCCAUUCUCACAUAUAAUGAGACCGGCUACGUCGACUACAGCUCCCUUCUGGAUGACUAUGAGACCCUGGUGGAGGAUGCUUACGAUGCGGCCGGAGUUCUCCUGACUGAGAACGGCCAGGAUCAGACUGCUCGCACUGGCCUGGCUCUGGCCGGAUGGAGGCCUAAGAUCGAUGAUAUGGCCCGGCAGGCCGUGGAGUGGUGGGAGUGGGACUGGGAGGAUGCCUAUUCACCUGAUGAAAGCUCCUUCAUCUUCGGAGUUGCUGGUCAGAACUUGACUUUCAACCAAUACAGCGACGAGAAUAACUACGUUUGGGACCAGCGGGGCUACAACCGAAUCAUCCUCAAGGAGGCCUCGACCUUCCUCAAGGACAACGACCCCCGCGUCCAGCUCAACUCCGUCAUUACCAAUGUCACUUACUCCGAUAGCGGUGUGACUAUCUACAAGGAAGAUGGCAGCUGCGUAUCUGCCGCCUACGCAAUCUGCACCUUCUCACUCGGUGUUCUCCAGAACAACGCCGUCUCGUUCAGCCCGUCCUUCCCUGAUUGGAAGCAGACUGCCAUCGAGAAGUUCACCAUGGGCACGUACACCAAGAUCUUCCUCCAGUUCAACGAGACCUUCUGGCCUCGCGAUACCCAGUACUUCCUGUAUGCCGACCCAGUCAGCCGCGGCUACUACCCCGUUUGGCAAUCCCUGUCUGCCCCAGGCUUCAUCCCGGAAUCGAACAUCAUUUUCGUCACCGUGGUCUCGCAGGAAUCCUACCACGUCGAGCGCCAGUCUGACGAGCAGACCCAAAAGGAAGUCAUGGCCGUCUUACGCAAGAUGUACCCAGACCUCGACAUCCCCGAGCCUACUGCCUUCAUGUACCCCCGCUGGUCAACCACCCCCUGGUCAUACGGCAGCUACUCGAACUGGCCUCCAUCGACCACCCUUGAGAUGCACGAGAACCUGCGCGCGAACGUGAACCGCCUGUGGUUCGCGGGCGAGGCUACCAGCGCACAGUAUUUCGGCUUCUUGCAUGGCGCGUGGUUCGAGGGUCGCGAUGCCGGUGAGCGGAUUGCGGAGUUGUUGGGUGGUAAAUGUGCGAAGACGGAUACCUCCGGAACUUGUGGGAAUCGCAAGCACUGGGAGCGUCUGUAUGGUAGCUCACCUCUGGCUGACUACAGCGUGUUUGAUGGGUGGGAUGUCAGCAGCUUCUACUCGAGCUAUUAAGCAUUUGGAGGGAAUCAACAUGAUUAUAGUACAAGAUCAGUGCUUUGGAUGGGGCCCAUGUGGGCAGGUUGCGUAUAUUUUAUUCAAGUAAUAUAUUUUUCCGUGAGAAUGUUUCAUGAAGUGGG